CUCUCUCUCUUUCUCUGACGAACGACCGCUCAGUUGCUCGGAAACCGGCCGCGUCGACGCUUUGCACCAGCCUCUCUGCUGCUUUUCCGUGUUUCUCUACACGGGAGCUUUCGCCUGUAAACACAGAGCUUUUGUACGCCGACUUGCUUUGUAUAACGUUGCCCAUACGUUGCACGCGUGUAGCCGCUCUGGUUAAGCUGACAAUUGUAAUGAAUUAAUAAAUAAAUAAAUAAACGUUCUCGCAUACAAUAUAAAAACAAACAAAAAGAAAUCGAGCUGAUGAAUGAACGAGCUAUGGACGCAGCAGCGAGCAGAAGAAGCAUCAGUGCCGAGUGAAGCGCAGGAAAGUUUCGCGGGCUACUCGCAUUCUCGCAUUCCAAGCAGCGGCUCUAAACUUGCAGCAGCAACGAUGCAGCUUCGAAAGUUCAGCCAACUCGCGCUCUUGUUGCUCGCCGCGGCUGCGGUGGUGGUAAACGGCUCGACGCACUGCGAGCAAAAGUGGGAUGAUAUCAAGGCACCGCACAGCGUCUCCGAGACCUACCGGAUCAAGCUGCUGAAAAUCAACACGACCGAUGAAUUUCGUAGCUUCAUGCCCAACACCAAGUAUCAGGUUAUGCUGAAGAACGAGAUAGAGGACGUGCAGUUCAUCAGGUUUUACAUAACCGUGGAGAACGAGAACAAGAGUCUGCCGCACGGGGUCCUCGAGCUCUACGACCAAGAGCUGUCCGAGUUCACCCAGGACUGUCCCGACGCUGUCGUUCAGGUAUCGCAGGUCGUCAAGGACGAUAUCUCGGUGUAUUGGACCAGUCCCGAGGAGGGCAACGGUUGCGUCAUUUUCAGAGCGUCGGUCAUGGAGUCGCCGUCGGUGUGGUUUAUGGACGGCACUUUGGAGCAAAAGUUCUGCCAGGAUCCGAAGGCGAGUUUUGACGACCCUGGACCCGUGCUUCCCGAGUGCUGCGCCUGCGACGAGGCUAAAUACGAGCUCGCUUUCGAGGGACUCUGGUCGAGAUACACUCAUCCGAAAAACUUCCCGAGCAAACCUUGGAACGCCAGGUUUUCCGACGUCAUCGGGGCGUCGCACACGUCCGAGUACCGAUUCUGGGAGUACAACGGCUACGCGAGCGAAGGGCUCAAGCAGGUCGCCGAGAAUGGCGUCACCCGAGUCCUCGAGUCGGAGCUGAAGAACCAGAGUCAACACAUCCGUACGAUCAUCAAGGCCAGGGGGAUAAACUUUCCCAACAUCACCAGCAAAACCUUCGCGGUCUUUCGAGUGGACCAGAUGCACCACCUCAUGUCGCUCGUCUCGAUGAUAGAUCCGUCGCCGGACUGGUUCGUCGGGGUGUCCGGCCUCGAGCUCUGCCUGAGCAACUGCUCGUGGAUCGAGCACAAGGAGCUGAACCUGUACCCGAUAGACGCCGGUACGGACGACGGCAUCACGUACGAAUCCGUCGAUGCCCAGACCGAGCCUCGAGACGUGAUCCGUCGGAUCACGACGACCUGGCCGAACGACGACCGCUCGCCCUUCUACGACGAUUCGGCCGUCGACAUGAACCCCCUGGCGAGACUCUACCUCAAGCGACAGCGCAUCUACGAGAAAAACUGCGAGAGGUCGCCGAGCUCCGAGGACAGCGAAGAGGCGUGCAGAGUGACGAAUUGGGGUCCCUGGGAGAGCUGCUCGGUCACCUGCGGCAGAGGGGUCAAGCUCAGGCAGCGCAAGUACAAGAACGAGAAGGCCGCGGCGAAGCACAACUGCGACUCCCUAUUGACCGACAGAGUCGUCUGUUACGCGCCGGAUAACUUCGUCUGUCCGCCGGACGAAGUGGACGAGAAAAAGUGCCCGCUCAGCCAGUGGUCGGAAUGGACGAUUUGCAGCAAAAGCUGCGGUCCGGAGAGCCGAACGCGCGAGCGCAACUUUCGGCCGAAGCGCAAACGGAAGGAGUGUCGUAUGCAGUAUCCUCGAAUCGAAUUGCAGCAGACGAUCGACUGCGAGAAUUCGGCCUGCGAAGCCGAGGAGACGACUACCGACGGCGACAGCAGCACUACCGACGUCGCCGGCGACGAGGAAGCGGUAAGCGAGACCACAACCGAGUCGAUUACCACUACGGUUUCCUCGGACGAGGAGAGCGACUAUGAUGCUGCCGAUAACAGACGAUACUUGGCAAAGAUCUGGCCCAGGCCGCGCAGGAAGAAAUGCCCCGAGUCGCGUUACUAUCAGUGGUCCUUCUGGAGUCCGUGUUCGGUGUCCUGUGGCUCGGGCACCAAGAGCCGAUCACGACAGAUCAAACCUGACUACUCGCCGAACGCGGCCGACUACGAGUGCCAGUACGAGUCGGCCAUCUGCGAGGCCGAGACCAAGUCUUGUCAAAUCACUCCGGAACUCGUGCAAGUCAUUUGCUCUCAGCCCGUGCAGCUCGGCCACUGUCCCGACGAGCAUGACGACAACUCCCUGCGCUACUACUACGACAAAAUCACCGCCAAGUGCCUGCUUUUCCAUUACACCGGCUGCAACGGCAACAUGAACAAUUUCCGAACGCUUCAGGAGUGCCAGACGACCUGUUCCACGUUUCAGGAUCCCGAUAGCUUAAAAAAUUACAAGCUGAAGCUCAGCAGCGUCGUCACCUAUAACGUGCCGCUCACCGAUCAUCCGAACUCCAAGAUCAAACGCGCCAGAUCUGACGAUAAUACGACUGAGAAAAAGAAGAAAAAGAAGCACAAGGGGGAGACGAAAUCCAACGACAGAGUCGAUUGCAGGAUGACGGAGUGGAGCGAUUGGUCGCCUUGCUAUAGCUGCAAGGGCUACAGAACCAUGUCUCGCGAUGUAUUGACCCAUCCGAGGAACGGGGGUAAGAGUUGCCCGACCAAGACGAUGCGACGGCAAAAGUGUCACAAAGUUUUACCGGAUUGCAACGUACAAAACGACAGAGAGGCACUGGUUUUCGACUCCAGCGAAGAGCAAGUUUCGGUGCACUGUCGAGUGAGUCCCUGGGGUCCGUGGUCCAGCUGCGCGACGAGCUGCGGUCUGUCGCAGCGACGGCGAACACGAAAAAUAGCCGUGGAGCCUCGGGGGCCAUUUGGAAAAAGUUGCCCGGCGCUCGCCCAAAUCGAGACCUGUCGACUUCCAGCUUGUAUUAACGCCACUUAGGACAGACGACGACGACGACGACAAUUCCGUGUGACAAUUAUAUCUGUAUGAUUUCUAGCUGCUUUCGAUUGCGCACACUCGAGAGAUUAGCGUUGUUGCAAAAUCGUCUGGAAAUCGUUCUUUCGUUUCUUUGGUAUACACACCACAGUCACACACAUGAAAAAGAAAUGCACAAAUUUAACGUAAUUUGUUUAUUUAUAUAUAUAUAUACAUACUUACACUUGCUUUUAUCAUUCUGGCAAACCUAAUUCACAAUUCCUGUACCUCUUUGCUAUUAUACAUACAUAGAAGAGUCCAUCGGUCGUUUUAUACAAGAAAAAAAAUUGUCAUUCAUACGUGUGUGUGAGUUAAUAUAACCAAAGUAGUUAUUUACAUAUCAUGAAGAGUAAGAUGCACAAGAUAGGGCAUCUUAUUGGUAGACAAUAAAAGAAAAAAAAAAUAUCAUGAAAAAACGCACUCUUUUUGUAAAAUAAUAAUG